AUGGGAACUUGUGAGAACUGCGCUCAGCCGCAUAAUACAUUAUUAUGUUCUAAUAAUUCAAAUGAAACAAAAUUAAGAGCACAGGUGGAAAACGAAAUAAUUUCUACUAUUAGUAGCAACAACACAACUAUUCCAGUCACUCAAUGCGUUUUAUUACCCACCGCUGUUGUUAAUGUUCAGGGCGGUGAUGGCUCACUACAUAAAUGCAGACUCCUUAUAGAUUCAGGCAGUCAAGGCACAUUCAUUAAGGAGAGUUGUGUUAAUUUAUUAAAGUUAAAACGAAAUAGUGAGAGAAUCAGUGUUGAUGGCCUAAGUUCACAAAGGGUAGGUAAGGUUACAGGUUCAGUUCAACUACACACCACAUCAUUAAUUUACAAAAAUGCUAACAUCACGAUAGAAGCUUUAAAUAUACCCAAAAUAACUUGUGAUCUUCCUCAAACAGAGGUCAAUGCGUCUGUUUUGAAUUAUUUUAAACAAUUAAAAUUAGCAGAUGCAUAUUGCCUCCAACCAGAACCUAUAGAUAUUUUACUGGGUGCAGAAGUUUUUGGCGAAAUAAUGCUCAACGGACGUUUAACUAUUCCAGAACUUUCAUUAACUGCUCUAGAAUCCAUUUUCGGAUGGGUUAUUCUUGGAAGAACAGAAAGCAAGUCACCUAUCAAAGCACGUACAAUCAUAACAAAUCAUGCUAGUUGCAGUGAAGCUGAAUAUCAGUUAGAUAAAUUCUGGAAGCUAGAAGAAAUUACAGAAGCAAAGUCCUAUUCAGAGGAAGAAAUUGCAUGCGAAAAUCAUUUUAAAGAAACAUUUUCUCGAGACUCUACUGGCAGAUUUGCUGUCAAUUUUCCUUUUCGUGAGUCAUCUGAAGAACUUGGUUCAUCUCGAAAUUUUGCUAUUCAUCGUUUGUUACAAAUUGAACGUAGGUUUAUCGAAAAUCAGUCACUUUCAAUGCAGUAUCAUAAAUUCAUGCAAUAUUAUUUAGAUCUCGGUCACAUGGAAUUAAUACCAGAAACGGACAUUGAUAUUCCAGCCACAUCUAGUUUUUAUCUCCCUCAUCAUCCAGUUCCAAACAAAAUCGGGGAUAAAUUCCGUGUUGAUUUCGAUGGUUCUGCAAAAUCUUCAACUGGUGUUUCACUUAAUGACAAAUUGAUGGUAGGACCGCAGUUGCAAGAUGACUUAACAAUAUUGCUCAUAAGAUUUAGAACACAUAAAAUUGCUCUAACAGCAGACAUUGAGAAAAUGUACAGACAGGUUAUUUUGAAGAACUCUGACUUUCAAAGAAUCGCAUGGCGUAACUCACCUUUUGAGCCUAUUCAAGAUUAUCGACUCACUGGAAUCGUCUAUGACACAGCUUCUGCGCCUUAUCUUGCUACAAAGUGUCUUCAGCAACUAGCAACGGAAGAAGCAGAUAAUUUUCCUUUGGCCUCCAAUGCAGUCAUGAAAGACUUUUAUGUAGACGAUUUAAUGUCUGUAGCUGAGACACUCAGUAAAGCUCAUGAAUUACAAACACAAUUGAUGCAAAUGUUAUCAAGCGCAGGAUUCAGUCUGAGGAAAUGGGCAUCAAACAGCAAUGAUAUUAAAUUGCAUUGUCAAUGA